AUGCCUUUAGGGGAUUCACCUCCCCCAAGACUUAACAUGCAGGUGUGUUUGUACACUCUCGAUGACAAUGAUUAUUUCAUGAGAAGGCAAAACAUAUUAUCAAGUAUUUUCCCAUAUUGUUUCACAGAUAACAUGGCGAUGAAGCAAGGAACCGAUUGUUGGACGUCUCUCUCAAGUACAGAUGGAGAGGGAGAUGGAACUCUUCAGUCAUCACAUGAACAUGAUGAAGAAGGAAACAUCUGCAUCAAGGAGGAAGGAGAAGUUGAGAAGGAGACGUGUCUUUCCAUUCCAGGUUCAGAUGGACUGAGAUAUGAGGGCCAGCUUGUAACUCAAGAUGGUAUGGUCUUUACCAUCAAACAAGAAGUUGAUGCAGACAUGUUUGAAUCCCUCUCAAGUACAGGAGGACAAGACCCAUCGACUGAACAAGAAACGAUCUAUGCCACCAUCAUAAUAAAGCAAGAAGAUGAGGAAGAGAUAUUUGAACCUUUUACAACUGGAGGUGAAGGAGGAGGAGAAACUGAGCAAUCAAUUCCUGCAGAUUUGGACAAUGGACAGGACAAGAUACACUCACCUAUAACAGCAUGCAGUGGAGAGAAGUCCCAUCCGUCUUUACAUUGCAGUAAGACAUUGACUGAUGAGAAAUGUGGAGAAAAGCCUUAUCCAUUUUCCUAUUGUGAUAACGGUUUUUCUUGCCAAAGUAAUCUAGCAAAGCAUCUACGGACACAUACAGGAGAAAAGCCUUAUCAGUGUCCCUGUUGUUAUAAAAGAUUUUCUGAAAAGACUAAUCUUACUAGGCACCUUAAAACACAUACAGGAGAGAAACCCUUUAAGUGUUCCCACUGUGAUAAAGGAUUUUCUCAAAAGAGUACGCUUACUAGCCACCAAAGAACACAUACAGGAGAGAAACCUUUUAAGUGUUCCCAGUGUGAUAAGGUAUUUUCUUUCAAAAGUAAUCUUACUACCCAUUCAAGAACACACAGUGGUGAAAAGCCGUAUAAAUGUUCCCAAUGUGAUAAGGUAUUUUCUAUCAUAAGUCACCUUCGAACCCAUUCAAGAACGCACAGUGGAGAAAAGCCUUAUCAGUGUUCCUAUUGUGAUAAAGGAUUUCCUCAAAAGUUUGAACUUACUAGCCACCUUAGAACACAUACAGGAGAGAAACCCUUUAAGUGUUCCCGGUGUGAUAAGGAUUUUUCUCAUAAAUGUUCUCUUAUUAUUCAUUUGAGAACACACAGUGGUGAAAAGCCUUAUCAGUGUGCCAAUUGUGAAAAAAGAUUUUCUGAAAAGACUAAGCUUACUAGACACCUUAGAACACAUACAGGAGAGAGCCCCUUUAAGUGUUCCUAUUGUGAUAAAGGAUUUUCUCAAAAGACUAAGCUUACUAGCCACCUUAGAACACAUACAGGAGAGAAACCUUUUAAGUGUUCCCAGUGUGAAAAAGGUUUUUCUCUUAAAAGUACUCUCAUUAGUCAUUUAAGAACACAUAGUGGUGAAAAGCCUUAUAAAUGUUCCCAGUGUGAUAAGAUUUUUGCUCACAGCAGUUACCUAAGAACCCAUUUAAGAAGACAUACAGGAGAGAGACCCUUUAAGUGUUCCCGGUGUGAUAAGGAUUUUUUUCAAAAAGGCUCUCUUAUUAUUCAUUUUAGAACACACAGUGGUGAAAAGCCUUAUCAGUGUCCCAAUUGUGAAAAAAGAUUUUCUGACAAGACUAAGCUUACUAGGCACCUUAGAACACAUACAGGAGAGAGCCCCUUUAAGUGUUCCUAUUGUGAUAAAGGAUUUUCCCAUAAGUAUGAGCUUACUAGGCACCUUAGAACACAUACAGGAGAGAAACCUUUUAAGUGUUCCCAGUGUGAAAAGGGUUUUUCUCAAAAGGGUCAUCUUAUUAUUCAUUUGAAAACACACAGUGGUGAAAAAGCCUUAUAAAUGUUUCCAUUGUGAUAAAGGUUUUCUAGCAAAAGUCACCUUACUACCCAUUCAAGAACGCACGGUGGAGAAAAGCCUUAGCAGUGUUCCUAUUGUGAUAAAGGAUUUCCUAAAAUGUAUGAUAGCUACCAUAGAACACAUACAGGAGAGAAACCCUUUGAGUGUUCCCAGUGUGAUAAGGAGUUUUCAGAAAGGACUAAGCUUAUUACAUGUAGCCAUCUUAUAACACAUACAGAACAGAAACCUUGUUCCCAUGUGAUAAGGUUUUUUCUAGCAAAAUGAACCUUAGAAACCAUUCAAGAACGCAGAGUGGAGAAAAGCCUUAUCAGCUUGUAUCCCUGUUGUGAUAAAAGGCUUUCUUAAAAGACUAAGCUUACUAGGCACCUGAAAACACAUACCGGUAUAGGAGAGAAACCCUUUAAGUGUUCCUAUUGUGAUAAAGGAUUUUCUGAAAGGACUAAGGGAGUUUAAAUAUAACCAAAUGUGAUAAAAGUAAUUCAUGACAUAUUUGUUCUCACUCAGCAUCGAUUCUUUUUUAUCCAUUACGUGUUUUGAUACAUUAAAAUGUUUACAAACAUAGAGGACGGUUUGUGGUAAAGAUGAACUGCGCGAUGGCAAUAGGAGAAUGUCACCACGAACUGUUUGCUCUUAAAAGUGCAACCCAGCAGUUUACAAACUAAAUGGAAGUUGAACAAAAUCUCCCAGAAACUAUGAUUUAAGUAUAUUGCUUUUAAAUAAGACAUUUUACAACUAUGAACAAAUAAGGUUCAGAGUAUAGGGCAUCUUUGUUGUUUACAUUAAUUAAAGUAAAUGCACUGUAUCUAGCUGUUCAUUUGUUACUUUCUUAUACUGUUAUCUUAAUACCUGUGUUUGUAAUCUCAACGUGCCCCCUUUGAAUCAUUAUCUAAUUCCUCAUAGAGAAAACAUUUCUUGAGAUCAAUCCUCCUCUCAAAAUUCAUACAUUACAUUAGCUUUUAUUAAUUAUUACUUUCACUCUCCUUUCCAAAGAUAUAGGCUUUAGUGUUUCCAUGAAAAGUUCACUGUUGCCCAUUUACUUUGGAUACAUUUUAAAAGUUUUUUUCUUCUUUAAAAUGCGACAUUUUGAUGAUCUUCUGAUAGAUAAGGUUCAUUUCCUUUCAUAACUUUUUUUUAGCGAUCCCCAUGACUCUUUAGAGUUCACUGUUACAUUCUGAGAUGAAUACAACUUUAGCCAUGAAUAAUAAAUAUUUGGCCCAGUCUUUCAUUUUAAAAAAGCUUAAAGGAAAAAUUCAGAUUUCAUGCACAACAGUGUAUUUGGGAAGAUAUACUCAUAUAGUGACUCUAUUAUACAUAUAAAAAAAAAAACUUAAAAAAAACUGACAAUUCAGUUCUAAAUAACGAGUUGAAACAAAUUUUUUCAUUUAUAACAAUCUUAAUAUUUUAUUUUGAAUUCAUCUGAUCAUUUUAUUUCCACAGUUAAUUUCAAAAUGUUCAAAAACUUGCAUUAUUUACAGAUAAAAACGUAUUUAUUCUACCAUGGGUCGGAUAGAUUUCGUUUUUGAGUUACAACCACAAUCACAGACAUUGAAAUUUAAUGAAAUAUCUCAUUAUAGACCUUUUUUGUGAAAAGGAAUACCUUUAUCCUUACCAAUGAAAGAAUGCAUAAUUGUGGAAGAUACACAAGGCAGUAAAAUGCGCAACUCUUCACAAUCACGACAAAAAUGGAUGAAAAUUUUGCAUUAUUCAAAUAAAAAUUUCACUGCUCA